UCCAUUCUGAACAUUGAUUUCUUUGCAAAAACUACAGAAACUGAGUAUAAUACACUCAGGAAAGGAAGUUUAAUUUUAAGGCUCUUUCCUUCCCUUUUUUCAUCUUAUCUAACUAUGAGAGUGACAAUCUUUCUGGUAAUGCUGUGGUAACUGAUUAGUUAACAUUCUAUGAUGAAAUUCUCUAACAAUCAAAAUGUUUACUACUACCUGUUGACAUUGAACCAGAUUGAUAGCUUGAAAUAUACUCAAGCAGCCGCUGACAACUCAAGCCAAGAAAACCUUCAAAAUCUUGAGAAGAUUGCAAAUGAACUUCUGAAAAAGCCCGUUGCUGCUGUGAACUUGGAAACUGGUUUAUACGAACCAAUUGAAGAAGCAGGCACAUAUGAAGACGCACUCAUCAGGUUUGCCAAAGGAUUGACAGAUGAAAGGAGGCGUCGCCAAGCUAAUUGCUCUAGCUAGUAGCUAGCUAAUCAAGGUCCAGUCAACCUUUCCCAUUGUGCAACUGCUUCUAAGGAAAGGAGGCAAGCAACUUCUUGAGCAGUUCAAGUGUCACAAAGGUCAAAGGUCGAAAGUCAAGAAAGCUAUAGCUGAAUUUUGCAGGUAGCCCGAGAUUAAUGAGAGGAGUUAACUAGGCUCUGUUCUUCCAGUUUUAGUCAUGUAUAAACUAUAAAUAAAGUUAUAAAAUAUAGCACAAAUGAAAUGAAUUAGCUACACCUACUUGGUAGGUGCCAAACUCAGCACACUUUGUGCA